ACAAAACAAUGACACUGGUUCUUGUAAGAGGUUUACGGAAGAAGCACGUUGGCUGAAAAAAUCAACUGUAUCAGUAAAGAGCUAUAAAUCGGACACGGUAUCGAAUUCGUCUGUUACCAGUAAAAAACGAGAGCCGAUUCACAAUAAUUAUGUUGUCUCUUGUCCAUACGAGAACUGUCGUCAGGAAUCGAAAAAUUUUAAUUACUGCGAACAUUGCAAAGAAAAACUGCCUGAAAUUAUGAACUAUUAUCUCAGUUCACUUCAACAAAGUAACACGAUAAAAAAAGUUCAGAUUCAGAGUUCACAGGAUACAAAAAUAAGUAAUGAUAUCAACGAUUAUUUUUCGUAUUAUGGCGAAGACAAUCUAACCGUUGGUUGCUUUGACGACUCUCAACACCCCAUAUUUUCGACUCAUGAAUUUUUAUUAUUUACGGAAGAGUUUUUAAGUCUAAAAGGAACGGCGUGGAUCGAUGGCAAACUCAUCGAUUGCUUUGCCAAAAUUUCAUGUUCGGAAUGGGGUGACUCAAGCUUCGCUCUUGCAGGAGUUAGCAGUUUUAUUUUUGCUUUUGCUCCGAAUGAACAAAAUUAUGAUUGGCCAAUGUAUCAUUUUAACAACCUAAGAUUCGAUAAGUAUCUUUUUUUCCCCAUUCUACUUGAACGCCAUUGGACACUAUACGUGGUGGACAUAAAGAAUAAAAAAUUGAUACAUAUCGAUUCGCUAGUCCGAGAGCCGUCAAUCGAAAAAUUAUCAAUUAGAUCAAUUAAUGCACACAAAAAUUUUAUAAGAUACGUUUCUCAGAGCAGAAACUACGCUCAGAAUUUUUUGCAAAAUAUCGAUUGGACCAUAGGUGUGUUUAAUAACAACAGACACAUGCAACAACGCGGCGACACAGAUAAUUGUGGUGUUUAUCUUAUGUACUACAUGGAUCGCAUUGGAAAAGGAUUACCGUUAGAUGAUCCAUCAUUUACUCCUAAGUCAUACCGAAUUGAAAUCGCUAGGAAACUUUUGAGUCAUUCUCAAGAUAUGUCAACCACGUGUCUGCUUUGUUUCAGUGAAAAAAACAAAGCAGAAAUUCGAU